CUUGUGCUGAGCUUGAGUUACUCAAAAGUUACACCAUCCAGCGGCAGUGGAUACCAGCUAGAGAUUAAUCACCCAGAUAGAUCAGCGUUUAGACAGGAAUCGGUGAUUGAAGAUACUGAGGGAGAUACAGAGCUCGAGGGAGGGGUUCGAGAAAAGUUUCCUGCACCGAUUGGAGGAUGAUUGGUGCUCUCCCACAAAAUCGGACCCAAAGAAUACAGCAUACUACUCCUACUCGUACAAGGCAAAAGUGGCAUUUCCCUAGUGCUGAUGGUGGCUUAAAACAAAACAUUCUCAAUAAAAGGAAUCGGAGUAAGCGCUUUGACCUUGACAGCAGGUUGAACCAUAUUUGUUUAUAAAACAUUGGCAAUAAACAAAUGUUAUUAUGAACAAAAACACUAGAUGAGUUGUACAAAAGAAAAAUGAAUAGGGAGUUCAUA